AUGGUUGCCAGGUGGUGGGCAGUGGUGGUGCUGGUGGCCAUCCCCUCCCUGGGGGCAGGUGGGGAGACCCCCGAAGCCCCUCCGGAGUCAUGGACCCAGCAAUGGUUCUUCCGCUUUUUGGUGAAUGCUGCUGGCUAUGCCAGCUUCAUGCUCCCUGGCUACCUGCUGGUGCGGUACUUAAGGCGGAAGAAUUACCUGGAGACAGGCAGGGGGCUCUGCUUCCCUCUGGUCAAAGUGUGUGUGUUUGGCAAUGAGCCCAAGGCCUCCGAUGAGGUUCCCCUGGCUCCCCGGACAGAGCCCGCCGAGACCACUCCUACGUGGCAGGCCCUGAAGCUGCUCUUCUGUGCGGUGGGACUCCAGGUGUCUUACCUGACUUGGGGAGUGCUGCAGGAAAGAGUGAUGACCCGCAGCUAUGGGGCCACCGCCACGUGGGCAGGUGAGCGCUUCACAGACUCUCAGUUUCUGGUGCUGAUGAACCGAGUGCUGGCAUUUGUUGUGGCCGGCCUCUACUGCCUCUUCUUCAAACAGCCCCGCCAUGGGGCACCCAUGUACCAGUACUCCUUUGCCAGCCUGUCGAAUGUGCUUAGCAGCUGGUGUCAGUAUGAAGCUCUCAAGUUUGUCAGCUUCCCUACUCAGGUGCUGGCCAAGGCCUCUAAGGUGAUCCCCGUCAUGCUAAUGGGGAAGUUGGUGUCUCGGCGCAGCUACGAACAUUGGGAGUACCUGACAGCAGGCCUCAUCUCCGUUGGGGUCAGCAUGUUUCUGCUGUCCAGCGGACCAGAGCCCCGGAGUUCACAGGCUACCACACUCUCCGGCGUGAUCCUACUGGGCGGCUACAUUGCCUUUGACAGCUUCACCUCAAACUGGCAGGAUGCCCUGUUUGCCUAUAAGAUGUCAUCGGUGCAGAUGAUGCUUGGGGUCAACUUCUUCUCCUGCCUCUUCACAGUGGGCUCCCUGCUAGAGCAGGGGGCCCUCCUGGAGGGGACCCGCUUCAUGGGGAGACACAGUGAGUUUGCUGCCCACGCCCUGCUGCUCUCAGUGUGCUCCGCAUGUGGCCAGCUCUUCAUCUUCUACACCAUCGGACAGUUCGGGGCCGCAGUCUUCACCAUCAUCAUGACCCUCCGCCAGGCCUUUGCCAUUCUGCUCUCCUGCCUCCUCUAUGGCCACACCAUCACUGUAGUGGGGGGGUUGGGGGUGGCUGUGGUCUUUGCUGCCCUCCUGCUCAGAGUCUAUGCCCGGGGCCGCUUAAAGCAACGGGGAAAGAAGGCUGUGCCCAUCGAGUCCCCUGUGCAGGUUUGA